UUGAUUUUUUCUUUCAAAUUUUUAAUUAUUGACGCGAAUAACGUUUCGAUGAACUGAGGUUUCUUCCUCAUAACACUUCUCUGCAAAUGUGCAAACAAUCAAUGCUUAUUUUCUCCAAGCUUAAGUUUAAAAAAUGAAGAGAAAUAUUAUUUGUGUCUUUUGAGAUGUGGAACACUUUUGAAUUAUUAAAGAAUACAGUAUGACGUCCCGUAGUUACACAAAAUCUUACAGCCGUAAGGUCAGUAGUGUGACACCAGGGAGUAUUCAAUUUGAUAAGCUUUUUAGAGAAAAUAGCAACCGACCUUCCGCUGCUAAAUCAGCAGGUACUGUUGGAAAAUGGGGUAUAACAUCUUUUACAUCCAUAAGAAGUACAAAUAUCAAUGGAAGGAGAGAUGAUAUUCACAAUACAUUUGGUGCAAAACGAGUGAAGCUUGAUUAUGGAAAUCAGAAUGCUCGUGUAAGUUCUGGGAAAGAUCCAUUUUCCUUUGAAACUGAUCCUGACAAUAAACCAGAUGUUACACCACCAGUUGUUAAACCUAAGAAAUUUUUUAAGAGUAGAAAUGUUCCACCUUCAAUAGAAGAAUCUCGCCAGGAUGUGGCAAUAUACAGACAAGUACCUGACUCACAUUAUGGUAGAGCACGUGCUCAAAAAACCUCUCCACAACCACCACCACCAUCACAACCAAAACAAUCUUUAACAAAAGUAUCAAAUACUCCAUCUAGGAAAGUAACAGAUACUUUAGAAGGAACCAAUAAUGAUCCUCCUAUUAGAGAAGAAGGCAAACCUCCUAUUGUAUUGAGAAUAUAUAAAAAGUAA